GAAGAAAAGCAUCUUUUAUUUUCUCUCCCUCGCUCUAUUUUUUACUCACUGUUAGUAAUGGGCAAGUUUUCUUUUCUUUCUUGCUGUUUCUCACCCUCUUCAUCUUCUCAUCCUGUUGAAGAUGUACCUUCCACUGAAGCUAAGACUGCCUUAAGGAAUUUCCUACAGAAAUUUAGUAAUAUAGACCAGCUUCAAGAUAUGAUUCAGUUUAUUGAAGAAUUAUUGAGUAUCGCUUCAGGAGAGAAGAGUGAAGAAGGAUCUACUUCAGCAGUAAGUUCUCAUAUUGAGGAUGGCCAAACAUUCCUGGAGAUGGUAGAAGAAAACUUUAACAAACAUCAUAAAACGGAAGUUUCCAUUGAUGGUACAAGUACAGGGAUAGAAAGAAUUGUAACAGAUCUGCUCGAAGGAAUGGGGGGGAAAUUUUUUUUGGUGGGAUCAGCACUUUCUGCUGUGGGAUUUAUUUUGGCGAGAUUUAGUCAGAUGUCUAACAACAAGAGUGAGUGCCUCGAAAUUUUGAGAAAGAUGGCUAAUCUUGGGAAGCAAAUUCUGCAGCUGAACGAUCAAAUGCCGGACCAGAAGCUGAAACUAAACGAAGCAGUUGGGUGCAUUGUUGUAGGAUGCACCAUGUGCGCCUCCCAACUUUCAACGGCCAGAAUUUUCAGGUUUCUUACUGCUUCAGUGAAUACCGAUAGUCUAAAGAGUUUCCAAGUUAAAAUAGACCGCUUGUAUGAUGACCUUAUGUUGUAUGGUGUAAUUGACAUGGAGAAAAGACUAUCAAAGAUUGCUCCACAGUCACAGGAACUCUAUGCAUACCAACCAGCAGUUGGAAUUGAGAGUGCACAAGAAAAAGUUAUACGGCUUUUAGAUUUGAAUGCACAGCAUACACCAGUACAAGUUGUGGUUGUCUAUGGGUUUGGAGGGAUUGGCAAAACGACCAUCGCUGAUGCCGUUUAUGCAAACAUUGACCUCCGAAAUUAUAAGCAUUUUAGAAUUCAUAUGGAACAAAGUUGUAACAACACUGGUUUAAAAGUCCUCCAAGAAUGUAUUUUGAAUGGAUUGUUCCACCAGAAUGUGAAAUUGACAGACUGUGAGCAAGGUCGAGGAAUGAUCAGGUCGGUUUUCAAGAAGAACCCUAAUCAGCCUUUAUUUCUAUACAUCGACAAUUGUCUCAAGAAAGCAGAUCUGAGACAACUUCUACCUUCAGACUUGGGCAAUUGUCUUCCACCGAAAAGCAGAAUUCUUCUCACCACUCGAAACCUCCAUGAGACAGACAUAUUUCUUGGGAGUAAUAGUGCAUACCAUGAAUAUCAUGUUAAUCCUCUUCCACAAACAGAAGCCAGAAGAAUUUUGUUGAAGAAAGCCCCUGAUUACAAUGAUGAAAGAAACCUAGAAUUCCUCCUCAAGCUGUGUGGCGGUGUCCCUCUUCUGCUGGAAAUAGCUGGUUCACAACUGGCUAUAAAUAGCAGAAAUACAAACAAUUUAGUAUUAGAGUUGCUUAGAGAGGGAGAGAUGGUGGAAGAGGAAGACAUAAGUGACCGUAUGGUUGAUUUUGUAUACCACAGAUUGUUACCACCUGUUAAAGAGGCUUUUCUAGAUACCAUAUCCUUCUUUUGUGGUUGGCUAUGUGAAGAAGUGGCAUACAUAGUUGGCGAGGAAGAAUUCAGAUGUCUAGAAGAUGCGGCAUUCGUCAAGAGAUCUGAAGAUGGUCGUGUGAUUGUUCAUGACAUAGUUCAAGCGAGAGGAAAAAGGAUGUCAGAGCAAAACAGAAUCACAGACCACGAGGAUUUAUUGGCAUGUUUGAAAGAUGAAGAGAAACUCAAAAGUUUAAAAGGAAUCUUUCUUAAUGAAAAAUAUAAGCAGCCUCCAAUUGAAAUUAGUGAUGAUCAUCUUAAUUGUAUGGCCAAUUCAUUAAGAAUAUUAGCUUAUGAAGGAUCCCAAAUAGCAUUCAUGGGAAAAUGUCAUAAAUCAUUCAAACAACUCAGAUACCUUCAAAUUGCAAGUAAUAUUUCUGAUCUACCAAUGGAGUUUGAGAAACUUGAGCAUCUCUCCAUAUACAAGGGCCCAAUCAUGCAAAACAUGAGCUUUAAUGAGUUUCCUCCUAGCUUGCGUGAAAUGAUUUCACUAAAUCUCACAAAUAUGUGCUAUUCUUCAAAGAAUGAAGUUACAUAUUCCAAAAGUCCUGCCAAAGUCACUCCUGAUUCUUCACUUGUAAAAUUAAGCUUAUAUGGUUUGAAAAAUAUGCAAAGGUUACCAGAUGGGCUAGAAAAGCUAACAAAGUUAGAGCAUUUAUAUUUAAGAGGUUGCCAUCAGUUGGCAGAACUGCCUUCUAAAUUUGGGAAACUCAAGAAUCUAAAAGAGUUGCAUCUAAGUGAAUGCAAUGAAUUGAAACAAUUGCCUACAAAUAUUGGGCAACUUAGCAAUUUGACAUCAUUGCAGUUAUACAGCUGCUCUGGAUUAAGCGAAUUGCCUCCUAGUUUUGGGAAUCUCAUUUCCCUAAAGAUUUUGCAAUUGAAUUAUUGUUCAAGUUUGAAGAAGUUGCCAUCUAAUUUUGGACAACUCCAAAAUUUGGAAGAGCUAUAUUUGAGGCAUUGUUCAAGUUUAGAGGAAUGGCCUUUAAGCUUCGGAGAUCUCACAGAAAUGAAGAAGAUGGAUUUGCUAGGUUGUUCUUUAAAAUUAAAAGAAAUGUUGCCCUAUAAUAUUAAGGGGAGUUGUUCUAUUGUAUUUGAUUAAACAAUAUAUUCAAUAAAUCAUGGUAUAUUUUGUUA